CGCUUGCCAGCCAGAAAUUAGUUGCAUCCUUCUUUUUACUUCGUUGCACACCCUGCUUUGAGAACAAUUGUGGGCCCACAGCGGACAAUGUCCCAUCAUUAUCAUGGCCGCGAUCGACCCCAGGAUGGCUCAGGCAGACCGUCGCAACACCAGUAUGGACAUGGUAGACCACACGGCGGGCCAUUUCGAGGACAUCCACCAGACCGUCAUCAUGGAGGUGGGCUACCCGAUGCAGCACCUGAAAGCUCGGGCAAAGCCCAGGCUGUCCAAGUUUACGCGAACUUAUUCAAGAUAAUAAGAUUGCCUACUAGUAACUAUUACCACUAUCAAGUUUCCUUUUCUCCCGAGGUCAAAAUAUUUCGUAAGAGGCAGGAGCUCAUCCACAAACUCCAGAAUGUCGUUGCAGCGGACGUGUUCUGUGACCGUGCGUUGUAUGAUGGAAAGUAUUCCAUGUAUUUGAGGCGUGUCAUCCAUGCGAAUGUCUCCUUCGUUGUUGAUUUAAGGGAAGGCCGAUCUGCCCAAAGAAGGGCUGAAGGACAACGCGAUGUCCACCGAAUCACACUGACUCGAACGAGCGGGGAGCCUAUCCAGCCCAGCAACCUUGUCCGAGGAAAUUACAUGCAGAGCCAGCUUGACCCCAGUCUUGUGGCCACGUCCACGAAUAUUCUACAGCUCCUCAUUCGACAAGAGACUGACCAAAAAUACACCCACAACGCCCAUUCCUUUUUCUCUCCGGCAUCUUCAAAGACAAUUAAUGGCGGCCUCGAGCUUUGGAGAGGUUUUUAUCAAUCUGUAAGGCCAACAUUACGAGGCAUGGUGAUCAAUGUCGAUACGUCGAUGACGGCCAUGUAUGCCUCCGGGCAACUUAUAGGCGUUGCCCUGAAGUUUCUAGGACAGUCAGAUGUUCGGUCCUUGGCUUUACACCCAGGUGAUACGAAGUAUCAUGCUUUGGAGAGAUUUUUUAAGGGAGUGCGGAUCACUGUCACGAGCCCUGCGACAGGACGGCCCUAUACUAAGACGAUACGAGGACUUCAGGAAGAGGCAGGCCGGUUUGAGUUCAGGAAAGAUGGUAGAAGCACAACUGUAGAGGCGUAUUUUGACGCUCUAAAUCGGAGGAUCAGAUACCCUCACAUUAUAGGACUGCGACUUUCAAGCCAGGAUGCGGAAAACGCUAUCAUCGUACCUGCCGAACUGUGUGAGAUCGUAUCCGGACAGAUGUUUAAAAAGCGGUUGCCCAGCGAUCUGACAAGUGACGCUGUCUCUUUUGGAACUAUUCCGCCGGAUCGAAGGUUGCUAAGUAUCCGUGGUCUCGGAAGAUCCAAUGAGCUACAGUCUCCUAUCGUCGGUUACAACCGCUCGGCCCAUAUAGUUGAGGCGGGAAUGACUGUAUCGACGGAACCUCUGACAAUUGCUGGCACUAUACUUCGACCUCCCAGACUGCAAACGGAUGGGGGGAAUACAGAGCAUAUUGUUCAGAACGGCGCAUGGAAUUACAACAAGGUAGGUUUCGUGAAGCCCGCCAACCUGGAAUCAUGGUUGUUUGUCAAUUUGGACCACAUGCAUAUCAGUGAUGAUAUGCGAGAUACGAAGGCUCGGGACCUUGGAUUACGAUGUGCGAGUCUCGGAAUGAAGAUCAGCCGCCCUUUCUGCUUGACAUUAAAUCCCCGGAAUAUCACAAAUGAACUGGAUAACCAGAUGACCGCAUAUGUCAAGUACCAGCGAGACCGGGGUGUUCAGAAACCUAAAGUCGAUCUUAUUUUAGUUAUAUUGCCUCCAAAAUCAGACGAGGUCCGCUAUGCAGUGAAACAUUGGGGCGACAUCACUCGUGGUAUUCUUACCCAAUGCGUGCGAUCGGAUAAGGUUCUUACAGCCGGGGACCAGUAUUGGGCUAAUGUCGCGUUAAAGAUGAAUGCUCGCCUUGGCGGAUAUAAUUCAGGAAUCCUUUCAGAAAUACUUAAGAACAUGAAAGCGUCGCCAUCACCCGGUCCAUUCAUGAUCAUGGGCGCGGAUGUAAGUCACCCUGGUCCUGGCGUCCUUCGACCAUCUGUGGCCAGCCUAGUCUGGUCCAGAGAUGAGUAUGCGACCUUGUACGCCGCGGAUAUCCGCAUACAGCCUCCCCGAACGGAAAGGAUCGAAGAUCUCCAAGACAUGGUCAAAAGCGCUGUCGAUAAAUUUGCGAAGUUCAGCCAUGUGGGGCCACCGAAGGCUAUUAUCUUCUUCAGAGAUGGAGUAUCCGAGGCGGAGUUUGCCAAUAUCGGUAACUUGGAAAAAGAUAUGAUCGAGGUCGCACUUAGAGAGCUUUACUAUGAACACCGAAACGACCCUCAAUGGAAGAACAAAAAAACACGCUUGACAUUUCUUUUUGUUGUAAAACGGCACCACAUCAAGUUCUUCCCUAUGACUCCGAAAGGGGAACAUCCAGCAGACAGAACAGGUAACGUUAAAGCGGGGUUUGUAACCUCGGAUGAGGAGUUGCGACACCCAUCGUUACCGGACUUCUUCUUACAGUCACAUGGAGCGAUACAAGGAACGUCUCGCAGCGGUCACUAUGUUGUCCUGAAGGAUGAGUAUUUCAGUAAUAACAUUGAAGCCAUUAAACGACUUUCUUUCGAUUUAUGCCAUGUCUACGCACCUGCCUCAAGAUCAGUAUCAAUUCCUGCACCGGUCUAUUGUAAGUUAACAGUUGUACAUUUGUCGAAUGCUUCCGAUAAUCUUGACUGUUCUUUGUUUUGAGAUGCACACGAAGCCUGCCUGAGAGCCCAAUAUCACUUCGACCCGAUGGAUAGUACAGUCCGAUAUGGAAGUGAUAGUGCGACGGAUGCGAGCGAAGAGAGCAUGUUUGAUCUGGACAGGUGGAAACGGGCCUUCUAUCCAGUUCAUCGAAGACUGGAACUCUCAAUGUAUUUUUUGUAACGUCUGGGCGAGCGCCGAUCUAUCGAUGAAAGAUUUAGUACGCGUUUAUUAUAUCUCCUAUUUUAUAGCUUUGUUUGGCGAAAUGCUAGAUAUGUAUUCGAAACAUCUGUGGGCAAAAAUGAACGUUCACGUUGACAUAG